AUGGAGCAACUACCAGAGAUUAAUGAAAAGGAUUGUUUGGAAUUCUUGUCAAACUUUGUCAAGAUUCCAUCACACUCGAAAACACCAGCGGAGAUCGAUGCCAUCAAGUACGUGACGAAAGCCAUGAAGGAUAUAGGCCUUGAUGCAUCAAAUGUCGGAUUCAAAGACAAAAAUGAUGGAAUGCAGCGGUUCGACUCUGUUGGUAUUUGGAAAGGUACUGGCAAAAAAGAGGGAGGCAGGAAGCUACUUUUUAACGGUCAUGUGGAUGUUAACCCUGUCAGUGAGGGCUGGACUGUUGACCCAUAUGGAGGUAAAUACGAUGAUAAGUUCAUUUAUGGUAUUGGCGUGUCCAACAUGAAAUCUGGAUGCUCUUCUUACUAUAUGGCUGUGAAGACCUUGAAAAAUGCAGGCUACAAAGUCUCUAAGGAUGUAACUUUGACUUUUGUCGUCGGUGAGUUGCAAGGAGGUGCUGGUACUGUGGCCCUCAUCGAACAAGGUGUGGUUACCAAAGCGACUGCCGAUUGCUUCAUAAACUGCGAGCCUACUGACGUGGUUGCUUUAACCAUGCAUGCAGGCUCUGCAAUUUUCAGUGUAAAUGUGAUUGGUGACACCAGACAUAUGUCUAAAAGAGAGGAGGCCACAGAUUCUAUCUUGGCUUCCAUGGAUGCAAUUGACAGAAUGACUGACAUGACGUUCUCUCAUGCCAAAAGCAAAGUUCAUGAAUCCAUCAACAGAUGUCACAUUGGUACGAUUAGAGGUGGUUUGGGAAGAAAAUACGAGGACUGGAGACAGCCCCAGGUUGCCGAUUUUGUCACUUUUGAAGGAGCAGCCAGGUAUGCUCCAGGUCAAGACGUGUCUAUCGUGCUAGAAGACUUAGACACUAAAAUGAAAGAAACUCAGAAGAAGUAUCCGAAGAUGAAGUACGAAUUGAGCAUCGUGAAAAGAGAUUGUAUGCCACCUUAUGAGGUUGAUCCAAAGGCACAAAUUGUUCAAACUUUGAACAAGCACUACAAGUUCGUGCGUGGCUACGAGCAGCCCACAGGUGCAAUAAAACCUCCUUGCUUUUAUGGAAGUGAUGCCGGUCACCUUUACGAAAAGUUGGGCAUGGAAGGUAUUGUUUGCGGUCCAGGUGGCAAAUACAAUACAAUGCCUGAUGAAAGGGUUGAUAUUCCAGAUUACUUGGACACUAUUAGGAUUUUCAUGCGAACCAUUGUUGAAACAUGCGGCGCAUAUAAAGAGUAG